AAGAUGGCUCUUCAACCAAAACAAGAGUUGCAACUUGAUGGUAUACAAGAGCAGGGAUUUCUCUCAUUUCACAGAUCAUUACCAGAGAAAUCAAGUACUACCCUUCGUGUUUUUGACCGAAAUGACUACUACACUGUCCAUGGACUGGAUGCUGUGUUUGUUGCCAAGGAUGUUUACAAAACUGCAGGUGUCAUCAAAAUGCUUGGAGCAGGUGAAAGAAAACUGGAGUCUGUAGUUCUGAGCAAGAUGAAUUUUGAGGCAUUGGUGCGGGAUCUCUUGCUGGUACGACAGUACCGUGUGGAGGUAUACAGGAACAAAGGUGGCUCCAAAAACAAUGACUGGUCCCUGGCAUUCAAGGCAUCACCUGGUAAUCUGACACAGUUUGAGGAAAUCCUGUUUGGGAACACAGACAUGUCUACUUCUGCAGGAGUAAUAGCUGUGAAGAUUGGCACUGACACAGGCCAAAGGCUUGUUGGAGUAGGAUAUGCUGACGCAACCCUAAGAAAGUUCAUGGUCAGUGAGUUUAUGGACAAUGACCAAUUUUCAAACCUAGAG